AAGGUUUUCUGAAAAUAUUUUGUAUUUUGAAAGGUUAAUUUUGAAUCGAGACGUCAGAAAGUAUUGUGAAAAACUUGUUAUGUAUGGUUAUUAAUUCAAACUACACUUUAUCUUUUGUGCUAUGCUUUUAUGCAUUUACCUAUUUUGAAGUGAUACCUAAGUUGAAUUUGAUACCUACCUCCUACCUAUUUUUUUUAAAAUCUUAAUUAUUUGUUUUACAAUGGUCGAUUUAAUACAAAUAACAAUUAGAUUUACACAAAUAUUAUGUUAUAUUGGGAUGAUCUAAUAGUGUUAUAGGUACUCUAUAUGUUUUAUGUUCUAACCGCAAAAAUUAAUUUUACAUUACAAAAAAAUUCUGAUUACAAUAUUGACGUUAUUUGGAAGUGAUGUAUUUAGAAUUAAUACAAUAUAAAUAAUGGAAGGAACGACGCAUUCUUUUCGAAGCUGGUCAACUAUUUCCGUUGGUUUUUUACGGCUUUGCUUUAUAUUAGUUAAUAAUUUAUAUUGUAUUCCGACGUAUAUAAUAUGGAUGUAUAUAUUGUGGCCUAUCCAAAUAGUUAAUCCUAAGUUAUAUUGGAAAAUCGAGGGCCAUAUGUUUCACUUUCUGUUAGCGAUGGUGUCCUUGUGGUGCGAUUCGGCCGGCUAUAGAAUUUUAGAAGCUGGUGAUGACAUAUCAGAAUGCCUUGAUAAGAGAACCCUUAUAAUAGCAAACCAUCAAUCCACAGGUGAUGUUCCAAUGCUAUUCUCUUGCUAUAAUGUAAGAAAAGGCGUUUUGCCUAAUGUAAUGUGGAUUAUGGAUAGUCUUUUUAAGUAUACUAAUUUUGGCGCAGUUAGUUAUUUGCAUCAGGAUUUUUUUAUUAAAUCGGGUAAACAACAUAGGGAAAAAGCACUUCAUGAUUUAUCGACGCAUCUUUCAAAUAAAUAUAUCCCAUUGAAUCGAAACUGGUUGGUACUUUUUCCCGAAGGAGGCUUUCUUAGGAAAAGAAAAGCAAUUUCGCACAAGUACGCAGAACAGAAUAAUUUUCCGAAACUUGAAAAUGUGUCUUUACCUCGUGUUGGAGCGCUUAACAUAAUUAUGAACGCUGUAGGACCUAAAUCGACCACAAAUAAUAAUUGCAAGAAUUAUUCUUGCAAUAGAACAGAACUGGGUCCAACACAAAUUAGUUACGUUUUAGAUAUAACAAUUGCCUAUCCAAAAGGCAUUCCUAUUGAUCUUAGUCAUAUUGUAUUUGGUCAUAGGACGCCAUGCGAAACUGUAUUCUUUUAUAGACUUUACCGUUCGUCGGAAGUGCCUGAAGAAUCUGAUGCAAUGAGGGACUGGUUAUUUAAAAGAUGGGUAGAAAAAGAACGAAUGCUACAGAGUUAUUACGAUACGGGCGAAAUGUCAACAGAGUUCAGCCGCACAAAAGUCUACAAACCAAAAUUAGUGGUACAAGAUAACUUAAGGUUUCUUAUUUUACACUUAUUCUUUGUUAUAUCGAGUUAUGUGCACGUGAGGAUGUUUUUCGCAGUGUAUUAUUCUUGUAUGCAUUAUUUGGUUUAUUAGCAUUGUGAAAUUCCAUAUUUGAUUUAUUUAGUGAUGUAUUAUAUGUGAGAUUUUAAUGAAAGAACUAGCAAAACACAGACCUUUUUCAGUGUUUCCGGGUUGUGAAAAGUCUGACUCCAUUUAGGAUUACCAACGCAUUAUUUUAUUACUAGAUUGAUUGUUUCACAUAACAUAUAUUGUUUCAGAGCUUUCUUGUUACUUAUGUACAGAGAAAUGUUAAAACAAAUAAUCUUACAAAUUGAAUAUCUUCAAAAAAUAUUUUUAAUUGUAUGAAAUGUAUAUAUCAGUAUUAAUAAACUAUUUUAUAGAGGUA